AUGGUUCACACUGUUGCCCUCCUCGCGCCCAACGGAAAUGUCGGCUCGGCGACUCUCAAACACUUACUCCCUGCUCAUAAGGCAGGUAAGCUGAAUUUGGUUGUUCUACAUCGUCCAGGCAGCCCGCCAAAAGACCUUGACUCAGGUUUAGGCGUAGAAGUACGUGAGAUUGAUCUCGAGGGCCCCAUUGAAAAUAUUCAAGAGGCCGUUCGCGGGGUGAAUGCCGCAAUCUCGGCUCUUCCCAUUCCAGCCGUUCAUUUGCAAAUAAACCUUGUGCGGGCCCUGUCCAAGACCCCUGGAUUCAUCACCUUUAUCCCUGCAAGGUUCAGCAUACCCUUGAGUGACGAUGAUUAUCCUCACCUUCCAUUCAUAGGACCUUUCUUAGAGACUGAGAAGAUCGCUGAGGAGCUCGGUGUGGGUAUCACCCACGUAUGGACUGGGUCUUUUAUUUCGUCUUUCAAGCUUGGAUGGUUGGGAACCAAUUUGAAAGAGAAUAAGAUCGUGGCAAAUACCAACCAACUCAAGAACUGGACUCCUAUCACAACCAUGGAACACCUAGGUGCCGCGCUUGGAAGCCUACUCGCUGGAGACCCAGCUGAUAUCGUGGGCAAGAGCUUCUCAGCCGUUACGUUCCGCGCCUCCGGCAAGGAUUUUGUCAAUGUCUUCACACAACUUCAUGGUGGACAACCUACCACGGUAGUGGAUCAAACGCCCGAGGAUCUACAGCUACUGUUGCAAGAUAUUGGAGGCCGCGGCGCGUUCAUGGGCGUGUACAUGCGGCAUUGGAACCGAGGAGACCUCGAGUUUCCUGGCCUCAUCCCUGCCCCUGACGGAAUAUCGUUGCGCCACGAGUUCGAAAACCUGUAG